CUGCUGCCGUCACCUCAUGGCGACGCGGGUUGAGGAGGCAGCGCGGGGAAGAGGCGGCGGCGCCGAAGAGCCUCUUGAGGCCGGACGGGGCGGACGGCGCCGUAGCCCUCGGCAGAAGUUUGAAAUUGGUACUAUGGAAGAACCUGGAAUUUGUGGGCUCGGAGUGAAAGCAGACAUGUGUAAUUCUCAAACAAAUGUUAUUCUUCAACAUCAAGGCUCCAGUUGUGGUGAUACAACUAACAAGCAUUCACUAGAAGGGAAUGAAGGCAGUGACCUUUUAACAAAGAACAGGAAUUUGGUGAGCCCAGCAUUCUGUGCACAAGCGGCAAGAAAGGAAAUUCCUGGACGAGAAGCUCGAACAGGUCCCCCUGAUGGUCAGCAAGAUUCAGAGUGCAGCAGGAACAAGGAAAAAACCUUAGGAAAAGAAGUUUUAUUACUGAUGCAAGCGCUAAACACCCUUUCAACCCCAGAAGAGAAACUGGCAGCUCUCUGUAAGAAAUAUGCUGAUCUCCUGGAGGAGAGCAGGAAUGUUCAGAAGCAAAUGAAGAUUCUGCAGAAGAAGCAAGCACAGAUCGUGAAAGAGAAAGUUCACCUGCAGAGUGAACACAGCAAGGCCAUCUUGGCAAGAAGCAAACUGGAGUCUCUUUGUAGAGAACUUCAGCGUCAUAAUAAGACCUUGAAGGAGGAAAAUAUGCAGCAGGCACGAGAGGAGGAAGAACGACGUAAAGAGGCAACAGCACAUUUCCAGAUUACUCUUAAUGAAAUCCAAGCCCAGCUGGAACAACAUGACAUACACAAUGCCAAACUCCGACAGGAGAACAUUGAACUGGGAGAGAAGCUGAAGAAGCUCAUUGAGCAGUAUGCACUAAGGGAAGAGCAUAUUGAUAAGGUGUUCAAACAUAAGGAAUUGCAACAACAACUUGUGGAUGCCAAACUUCAGCAAACGACUCAGCUGAUAAAAGAAGCUGAUGAAAAACAUCAGAGAGAGAGAGAGUUUUUAUUAAAAGAAGCAACCGAAUCCAGGCACAAAUAUGAACAAAUGAAACAGCAAGAAGUACAACUAAAACAGCAGCUUUCUCUAUAUAUGGAUAAGUUUGAAGAAUUCCAGACCACCAUGGCAAAAAGUAACGAACUGUUUACAACCUUCAGGCAGGAAAUGGAAAAGAUGACAAAAAAAAUUAAGAAACUGGAAAAAGAGACAAUAGUAUGGCGCACCAAGUGGGAAAACAAUAACAAAGCACUUCUGCAAAUGGCUGAAGAGGUGAGAUGGUUUCCCGAGAUAAAGAAAACUGUCCGUGAUAAAGAGUACAAAGCCUUUCAAACAAAACUUGAACGGUUAGAGAAGCUGUGCAGGGCUCUUCAGACAGAAAGAAAUGAGCUCAAUGAGAAGGUGGAAGUCCUCAAAGAGCAGGUCUCUGUCAAAGCGGCAAAUGGGGACUUGGUGCCACCGGUGCUGCUACCUUGUGCUGCCCUGGAUUCCCACAAGGAGCUGAACAGUGCCUCAAGCAGAGCCCUGGGAGUACACCUGGAAGCUGAGGGUGAGCCCAAGGCCAUGAAUGAGAGAAGUGUUGCCCAAAAGCCUCCAUCUCCAGGCUCUGCUCCAGGUAUUGAGUCAGUUGACUAAGGUGAAGUGUGAUCACUGUGUUGAGAGAUAUAUUUUAUGUAUAACUUCUCUGUUAGUAGUAACUAUUGGUUUUGUGGUGAAAUUUUUCUUACUUUUUCUACCAUAUCUGUAUUUUCUUAGAACUACUGAACUUAUGUGGUACAGGAGGCUGCUUAGCAGUUUGGAAUAGUUUUAAUCUAUGAAAUUUCCUUCAACUAUGUUGCACAUAUGCUUCAUUUCCCCCUUCAUUGGAGUGCAUGUGUUCAUUCUCUUCUCCUUGCACCUAAUGUUUCUAGUUAACUUUCACUCAAGACAAGGCCAACCAUUGCAGGGGAAUUCUAUUCUCAACAGUUCCUUGAUGUGAAAACAAAUGUCUUGGCCUCUCCCAUUAAUAUUAUAAUACAAAGAUGAUUUACAUGGCAAGGAAAAGUAAGACUUUACUGUUGGGUCAGAAACAAGCAUCACAUACUCAAUUCAAAUUAACUUUCUUGACAAAUUGAGAUAGCCACAGCCCUGACUUCAGUUCAAGUUCCAGCAGAAUAUAUAUAAAGAAGUCACUGGUGAACAACAGUAUGUACAAAGCAAAGCACUGGAGAAAACUGGCUUAAUGUUUAUAUUAAUUUCAGGCUGCAACCUACCACACGUGAAACCUGGCCUGCCUGAGACUGUAGAGGGUGCUUGCUGAUGGCUUAUGUUUAAAAUCCAAUUUGGUUAUAUAUUCUCAGCUUCCCGUAGAAAGCCACUGAUUCUCUGAAGACUGCUGCUCAUGUCUGCAGUUCUUUCUAAGUUUAGGAUGAAGGUAAAUUUGAGUGUUGCUUCCACUUGGCAAGAGCUUCUCAGUACCUUCUGACUAUGUGAAAGUUCAGUUGCUCAAUCAGUCUCACUAGGGAUGUAGCUCAGUGAUAAAACACCUGCCUAGCAUAUACACCAGCAAAGAACUAUUUUUGUUUUGUUUUAAAGUGAAUUUAAAUUUUGGAUGCACACUACCUGAAACAUUUAUUUUCCAAGGUAAAUAUGUUGUAAUCAGCAUUUUUACUUUGGGACAACUUGGGAGAGAAUUUACAUAGUUAAGACCUGUAACUUGAGCUUUCAAGUCUCUUUGUUACUGGGGGGAAAAAAAGUAUUAUUACAAAUCUCUAUACUCUUUGAAUUGGGGAAAUCUGAAAUUAAGCACACAACUUGUUUUCUUCAAUGUUGAAUGUGGCUCAGUGAGGCAAAUGACUACAACCUCUUUCUUUACUGUCCCUGGUAAGAUUUGCAUUGAAAUACUUUAUAAAAUAAGGUUCCAUUGGAAUAUGAAUACAGCACAUUCUACUGAGCAAAACUAUUACACUAACUUGUUAAAUUGCUUUCUGGGCUGAAUAAACUCCAUUUCUCUUUGUUAAAAGUUUUAUUUGUAAAGUCCUGUGACAUUCAUGGUUGAAACUGGGUUGAGAGAAUCAGACUGUCCAAGAGAUAAACAGUGCCUGGAGUAAAAUGUAUCUAAGCUUUCACCAUCAGUCAUAUUAAUCAAGGGGUCAGACAGUGAAGGAAAAGAAAUCCACAACAGAAGGGAAGUGAACACCCUCCUACAGCUUCUUAUACUCUAUCCAUCUCCUUCAGCUACUAAAUGGUACUGGACUCACUUCCUCUAGAAGAAAUGAAGGUAUAUAUUGGAAAUACAUACUAAUGAUCACAAUUCAUAAGUCUGCUGGACACACAGCUCUUAGCGUCUUGUCAAGCCACAUGUGUAGCCCACUACAUUUUUGUGGUGCUUGUCCCGUGUGGAAGACUAAAUCUUGGGCCUGCUGCAUAUUUUCAAGGGCUUUAUAAAGCAAUGUGAUUAAUAGUACUUGGCCUGCUGCUUUCAGCUUUACACGUAUCUUUAGCUAGAUGUUUAGAGGAUAUGGAUUCUGUCUGGGAUGCAGUCAGAAUCUCUCCUAUUAUUACCCUGUGAAUAAAAACAACUGGGACCUGAGAAGGACAUCCUUCAAGUGAUCACCUCACCAGCCCAGUGUUGUGGCUUCGUAGCACGCCCUAUUAUCUUCUAGAACACUGUAAUACUACUAGGCUGGCCCAGAAAAGGUUUAAAUGUUGAAUUCACUUAUAUUGCAUUUGUUGCACCAUCAUGCAAUCUUGAUGUACAUUAUUUAUAGUGGCAGUAGACCCCAAAGUGUAGCAGAAACUUGGAUAAAGGACCAUUUCAUCCUCAGACUUGGAGGAGUACAUUUCUUGGUUUUGAGACCAGUAUGUUUUAGUUAUGUAUGCAACUGCCUUUAUUAUUACACACCUGGUUAUCACAAUUCAAUUCUCAGGUGUUGCAGAAAAAAAAAUCUACCUCUUUCAGACUGUAGAUGGAAAUAACUGUGAAAAAAAUUGAUGCAGAUAUCUUCUAGUUUGUGCUAAACACACUGCUUUAUUUUUACAGCCCACGUCUUUCAUGAGGAUAUGAAUUGUUAAGAGGCAGUCUUGUUUUGCUUUUCAAAGACAUUUUGUAGAGAUUUUUCACUAAUGUGAAUCUGAUUUUAUCUACUCGAUUCUGUAUAGAUUAAGUAAAUAUGUAUGAUAAAUUUAACAAGCUUCUGUGUAUUCUUUUAUUAUCCCAUGUGGCCCUAGUUAGUUACCCUAUCUAUUUCACCCAAGAAAGGGGAAUA